CUUCUCUACAAUUCGCCAUUUUCCUUCUCACACAACCACCAAAACUCCAAACAAACCUUAACCAUCAAGGAAAUUUAAAAAGAAAAUUCAAAGAAAUAAAAAACUGUCUACGGUAUCUGAUUCUUCACUAAAACCAAGACAAAUCACUGAAAACCUAAUUUCGUUACUGUUUAUUCUGUGCUUACAUAUUCACCUUUGAUUCCUCUGUUUUUUUUUGGAUUGUUGAUCCGUUUUUGUGGAGAUGGCGGAACUAGAUAAUUGUUGCUCGACGCAAUUGAUCGAUGGAGAUGGAGAGUUUAAUGUGGUUGGACUCGAUAACUUCAUGCGGACUACUAAUUUCUCAAACUGUGGUCUCUCUUAUGCCGUCGUCGCCAUCAUGGGCCCUCAGAGUAGCGGGAAGAGCACCCUGUUAAAUCAUCUUUUCCACACAAAUUUCAGGGAGAUGGAUGCAUAUAGGGGAAGGAGUCAAACCACCAAGGGUAUUUGGAUUGCACAUUGCGUUGGAAUAGAGCCUUUCACCAUUGCCAUGGAUUUGGAAGGUACUGAUGGAAGAGAAAGAGGCGAGGAUGACACUACAUUUGAGAAACAAAGUGCCCUUUUUGCUUUGGCAAUUGCCGAUGUUGUGCUAAUUAACAUGUGGUGUCAUGAUAUUGGUCGGGAGCAGGCUGCCAACAAACCGCUACUAAAAACAGUUUUUCAGGUAAUGAUGCGAUUAUUCAGCCCCCGGAAAACAACACUGCUAUUUGUUAUACGUGAUAAAACAAAGACCCCCCUUGAAUAUUUGGAGCCUAUAUUAAGGGAAGAUAUUCAAAAGAUAUGGAAUGUAGUUAGUAAACCUGCUGCCCAUAAAGAUACACCCCUCAGUGAAUUCUUUAAUGUGGAGGUCACCGCUUUAUCAAGCUAUGAAGAAAAAGAGGAGCAAUUCAAAGAACAGGUUGCUGAAUUAAGGCAGCGGUUUUUCAAUUCUAUUUCUCCGGGAGGACUAGCCGGUGAUAGACAGGGUGUUGUCCCUGCCUCUGGAUUCUCUUUCAGUGCACAACAGAUAUGGAAAGUUAUAAAAGAGAACAAGGAUCUGGAUCUUCCUGCUCACAAGGUAAUGGUUGCCACUGUUCGUUGUGAAGAGAUUGCCAAUGAGAAGUUCUGUCGCUUAUCCUCUGAUGCGGAUUGGUUAGCAUUGGAAGAAGCUGUUCAAUCUGGGUCAGUAUCUGGUUUUGGGAGAAAGCUGAGUACUAUCCUAGAAACCUACUUUUCAGAAUAUGACUCAGAGGCAAUCUACUUCGAUGAGGGUGUAAGAAAUGCAAAACGGAAACAACUGGAGUCAAAAGCUUUGGAUCUUGUGCAUCCUGCUUAUCUCAAACUGCUAGGACAUUUACGCUUCAAAUCACUUGAAGGUUUUAAGUCUAGACUGGAUCAAAUGCUGAAGGAAGGAGAAGGAUUUGCAGCUUCUGCUCAUGCAUGUACCAAGUCUUGUAUGCUUGAGUUUGACCAAGGAUGUGCAGAUGCUGCUAUCAGACAUACUAAUUGGGAUGCUUCUAGCGUUAGGGAAAAACUGCAACGAGAUAUUGAUGCUCACAUAUCAUCUGUUCUUAAUGCAAAAUUGUCUGAAUUGGUUGCUAGAUAUGAGGAAAAACUUAGACAAUCACUAUCUGAGCCAGUGGAAUCUCUACUUGAUGCUGCUGAAAGAGACACCUGGGCUUCAAUAAGAAAGCUUCUUACACGUCAGACUGAGAAUGCUGUGUCAGAGUUUUCAACUGCCAUUUCUAGUUUUGAGUUAGACCAACCUUCAAUGGAGAGCAUGCUGCAAGGUUUGAGGGAUUAUGCAAGAAAUUUGGUUGUGAAGAAAGCAAAAGAACAAGCUGGAAAAGUUCUGAUCCUAAUGAAGGAUAGGUUCUCAACUGUAUUCAGUCAUGACAGCGAUUUAAUGCCAAGAGUUUGGACUGGAAAAGAAGACAUUAAGACAAUUACUAAGGAUGCUCGUAGUGCGUCUCUGAGGCUGUUAGCUGUUAUGGCUGCCAUCCGGUUGGAGGAGAAACUAGAUAAAAUCGAAAACAUACUAUUUUCUUCCCUAAUGGAAGGAACAGAAACUUCUCCAGACCUUCUUGCCUCUAGCAAAUGGGAGGAGGUUCCUCCUGAAAAUACCCUUAUUACACCGGUGCAAUGCAAGUCAUUGUGGAGACAAUUCAAAGCAGAGACAGAAUAUAUAGUUACUCAAGCUAUUUCAGCACAGGAGGCUUACAAGCGAAGUAACAACUGGUUGCCUCCCCCAUGGGCAAUUGCGGCAAUGAUUAUCCUUGGAUUUAACGAAUUUAUGCUUCUUAUAAGGAAUCCUCUCUAUCUUAUGUUUCUAUUUGUUGCAUAUUUAAUCUCAAAAGCCAUGUGGGUAAAGAUGGAUGUCCCAGGGCAGUUUGAACAUGGCACUCUGGCUGGACUAAUCUCUAUUUCAUCGAGGUUCCUUCCUACUGUGAUGAAUCUUCUAAAGCAACUCGCCGAAGAGGCUCAAGGCCAUCAAACUCCCGAGCCCCCGAAGCAACAACCAUUAGUAGCAAUUCAAAGUUUCAGGAACCAAAGUCAGCCAAAUCCAACAAGCUCAAUUCCAGAGUCAUCUGUUUCGUCCAACGUCUCAGUAUCUGAUAGUGGUCCUGAGUUCUCAAACCCUAACUUAAACGCAGAGAAGAAACACAAAAACUCCUGAAGCUGAGCUUUCUUGAUAAAAGCCAGCUUUCCCGUGUAGAAUGUAUAACAAAUAGGUCCAAAUACUUCCGAAUGAAAAAUGGGAAUAUAUUGAGAGGGAGGGAGGGUCUUACAUACGUAGCAAAGGAACAAAUAACGAAGGAUAGGCUUACCAAAGUUGCC